AAUAUUUUCCACUCUUGAUAUCAAAUAUUUUUGCACUUUUAUAAGCGUCGCCAGGCAAUUUUUUUAUCCGCGUCUUUGCCGUUUUUACAGCCAAUAAAACCAACGACCUUGCCCAGUGCGUGUGCCUUCGUCACCAGUGGAAAACAUUACGUAGGGGCGCAGGACGGAAGAAAGCAGGAAAAGAAAAGAUCUAUAAAUAUUUUUAAUCGCCGUGAAAGUAGCCAGCGGAUUUUAGUCGCAAAAUAUUAUUUCAUUUGCGGUGCGAGGACACAGUAAUCUGCGAAAAUGGUCUUGAAAGUCUACGUCAGCGGCAUGUCCGGCAAUAAGGAGGUGAAGAAGCGCCAGCAGCGCGUUCUCAUGAUCCUGGACAGCAAGAACAUCAAGUACGACACCGUGGACAUCACGGAGCCCGGCAAGGAAUCCGAGAAGGAGCUAAUGCAGAACAAAUCGACGAGCAACGGCGGAACGGUCAGCGAUCCAGAGCCCCGUCAUCCGCUUCCUCCGCAGCUGUUCAACGAUGACGAGUACUGCGGUGACUACGACGCCUUCGACAUGGCCAACGAGAUCGAUACCCUGGAGGUGUUCCUCAAGCUGGCCCCAGCCGACACCACGGCGGUUAGUACCGCCCAAAUCGAACUGAAACAGGAGAACGGCGAUGCCAAGAAGGAGGAGGCGGAAGCGGAGGCGGAGGAUAAGAAACCGGAGUCCGGCGAUGGCGAUGUGGAUGUCAAGGAGGAGGCUGCGGAGAAGGCCGAGAACGAAGACGCUGACGACAAGGACAAGGAGAAUUCAAAGGGCGAGGAUGAAGACGCAGAUGAAGAAAAUGCCGAGCAAAAGACUGAAACCGAAGAAUCUGGGGACAAGAAAACGGAUAAGGAAACUGCAGACGCUGAAGGUGAGACCCAAGAAAAGUCAGAGGAAGUGGAUACCAAGGAAAAAUCAGAGGUUGAGAGUAUCAAAGAUGAUGAGGUUGGAAAAUCCGAGGAUGUUAAAGAUGAUGAGGAUGAAAAAUCCGAGGAUGCUAAAGAUAAAUUAGAGGGAAGUGAGACCGCAGAAAAAUCGGAGGAUGCUGACACUACUGAGAAACCAGAUGUUGAGGCCACCAAUGAUGGGGAUACAAAAUCAGAGAAAAUUGAGACGCAAGAAAAGUCCGAGGAAGUUGUUGCCGCUGAAGAAUCGGAGGCUGAAAGCUCCAAGGAAAAAGCGGAGGAAAAUGAGAGCACCAAAGUCAAUGAGGAUGAUAAAUCAGUGGAUGUUGAUGAAAAGAGCGGGGAAAAUGUAAAAGAAGAUUCCGCGGAUGCAGAUAGUGCUACAAAAUCAGAGGUUAAAAGUACCGAAGAUGAGAUUGUAGAAUCGGAGGAUGUGAAAGAUGAAUUGGAUGAAAAUGAGAGCACCAAAAAGGUCGAGGAAGUUGAUAGUACUGAAAUAUCCGAGGUUGUAAGUACGGAAGACGAAAAAUCAGAUGUUAAAGAAAAACCUGAUGAAAAUGAGGCUCAAGAAAAGCCCGAAGAAGUUGUAACUGCCGAAAAAUCUGUAGAGGAAACCAAAGAGGAAACCGAAGAACCAACCGAGGUGGAAAAACCUGCAGAAACGAAGACAGAAGACACGCCCGAAAAUGAAGAAAGUAAACCGGCUGGCGAGAAUUCCUCUUCCGAAGAAAGCGAAGAAGAAGAGUAAAAGAAAAGCUAUCAAAAUCGAUUGAACGACAACAAAAAUCGCACUGACAUCCGCAUUACCAACACCAAUGCACAAAACACACACACACGCACACGCACAUUUAGCCAAAUAAUACCAAAAAUGUUUUGUAAAUAGAAACAAGAACCCACUAAUAACGAGUCUGGUGGCGGGUAAUGAACCCUAGUUUAGGCCUUUUUGUGACUUAUUUACAUUUUUUACUCCUUUCCCAAAACAAACAAAAAAAACUCCCUCCUGUCUACAACAACAA